UCCAGCCGAGGACCGUCUCGUCCGGGUGUUCAGCUAUCAAGGGCAGACCAGACAUAAGGGGACAAUGCCUGAAAUAAAUAUGGAGAAGCUGGAUAAGCAGCAGGUGCAACUCCUGGCAGAGAUGUGCAUACUCAUUGAUGAAAACGACAAUAACAUUGGGGCUGACACCAAAAAGAACUGUCACCUGAAUGAGAACAUUGAGAAAGGAUUAUUGCAUCGAGCAUUCAGUGUCUUCUUAUUUAAUACUGAAAAUAAGCUCUUGUUACAACAGAGAUCAGAUGCUAAAAUUACCUUUCCAGGUUGUUUUACCAAUACUUGUUGUAGUCACCCACUAAGCAAUCCAGGAGAGCUUGAAGAAAAUGAUGCGAUUGGAGUGAGAAGAGCAGCUCAGAGACGUCUGAAAGCUGAGUUAGGCAUUCCCCUGGAAGAGGUUCCUCCAGAAGAAAUUCAGUACCUAACACGAUUGUAUUACAAGGCUCAAUCUGAUGACAUUUGGGGAGAACAUGAGAUUGGUUACAUUUUGUUUAUGAAGAAGAAUGUAACUUUGAAUCCAGACCCCAAUGAGAUUAAAAGCUAUUGUUAUGUGUCAAAGGAAGAAGUAAAGGAACUUUUGAGAAAGGCAGCCACUGGCAAAAUUAAGUUAAGGUUCAAGAUUAUUACAGAGACUUUUCUCUUUAAAUGGUGGGACAAUUUACAUAAUUUGAAUGUGUUUAUUGACCAUGAGAAAAUACAUAGAAUGUGAACGUGGAGAGGAUAAUAACAUUCCUCACCUUAAGAAACAUGAAAUCACUAGCUUACCAUUUGAUUCCCUAUUAGGAAAAUUCAUCAGAAAUAUUAAAACUAGAGAUUCUGUGGAAAGACAGCUGACUUUUUAUAUAUUACACACCCUGUAUAUGUACACUGCUAUUUGUAGAAGACAGAUACGAGAAAGCAUUAUGAAAAAGAGAAAAGCAAAUAAACUUAGUUUUAACCAGUCUAAACACAACAUAGUGACUGAACCAGUGGGGGACACUCUUCAUUGCUUAUGUUGAGAGAAACAUUUUCAGCACUUGUAGCACACUUUGAUUCGCCAGCUAUUUUAAAUUAGUCCAAAACAUGCAGUGUGAACAGUUUCCUUCAAAGCAGUUCAAAGUAACUUUCUGUAUUAACAGACUGAACUAGUAGAACAGGCUCGAGGGAAAUUAAAUGGAACAUAACGCUAACUACUUUUUCUAAUCUGACCGUGUUGCUUAAUCACUUGGGGAGUUUUUGGUCUUGCGUUUUGCUGCUUGCUUGGGACUUGGUACAUGUAAAGCUGAGCCACAUCCUUGGUCUUGAAUUAUACUGAUCUCUGAAACCAAGUACUGCUUCAGGUGAUGAAAAUACUAAACUUGAAUCUGAAGUCUUGGCAUGUCAGCACAGGCUGUGUUUUCAGAAUUGGCUCAUAGUUGAAUUUCUUAAUCUGGACAUAGUUCCCAUUUCGGGGUUGCAAGGCCGGUAGUAACAUCUCUGCAUCUACUCACUGGCUGCCAGUAAUCUCACUUUCCCAUGACAGCCAUAAUGCCUCCUGAUGCAACAUGUCUUUGCUGGCUAAAGCCACCUCCGGUUAUGGCCCUUCUGUAAAGUCAUAAGGUAUUUCGAAGGGAAAAAAAAUCUAGAGAAAGACCAGCAUUUAUUUAUGUUACAUGAGCUUUGGUUGCAAGACUUGUGUUCAUGUUUGUAUCGCCACUGGUGCACUUUUAAAAAGUCUUGCUGUAGAUGUCUCAGAAUUGAAAAAUUUUAAGAUAGUUUUAUUAUCUUUGAAUUCAUUGCAAUGAUUAAGGUUUGUUUCUUACAAAUUGAAGGAUUUAUAAGUUAAAUAGAAAUAUAUUUCUUAUUCUUGAAUUUUAAUUUAUAGUAUUAAAUUUACUUUAUUGAAAAGUAAAAACAAUAAAAAAAUUACUACA